AGUUGAAAAGAGGCAUAACUCUAAAAAUAUUCAUAGCUGCUUUCAGAAUAGUGCCUCUUGUAUUUCAACUGUCCCUUGCCAUAACAAACAAAGAUUUCACCUUUUUGCCAAUGCAUGGACAUGAUAUUACUGUACUGGCAUCAUAAAAUCACCAGUUGCACACUGUGGCAUGACAUUCCCUUGUAUGUACAUGUAGUGAAGGACCUUUUAUAUAUCACGGCUAUGAGACUUACUUUAAUUAUGGUUCACAUACAGUGAUACUGGAAUUUAACUUAAGAAACUAGAAAUACAUGACUGGUAUUAAGAAAGAAGAAGAUCAAGCAAGUUGUUCAAGAUGAAGUUUGAUGAUAUACUACAUGAGCUGGGGGAGUUUGGUUUCUACCAGAAACGGUUGUAUCUGUUACUAUGUAUACCUGCCAUCAGUGUAGGCUGUUAUAUGAUGGGGAAUAUCAUCUUACUUUAUACACCAGACCAUAG